CAAACUUUUCAACUCGCUUAUACUUUUCCACCAAUCAGAACUCCGUAUCGCGAGUCGCCGUGGGAACCAGCCAAUCACUGUCCAGCUUUGUGACCUGACGUGUGUUGCUGUAAACAUUGUGGUCGUGUGAAUUAACUUUGAUAGCCGACUGAAGGACAAACAAAUUCACCAUGGCAGAUGAUCAGCAGUUUUGUUUGCGCUGGAAUGAAUUCCAGAGCAACAUGGUAUCCUCGUUCAAACAUUUACGGGAAGAAAAAAGUUUCACAGAUGUUACCUUGGCUUGUGAUGGCCAGACGUGUAAGGCACAUAAGAUGGUGUUGUCAGCGUGUUCACCUUACUUCAAAGCUCUUUUGGAGGAGAACCCAUCUAAACAUCCUAUAAUUAUUCUUAAGGAUGUACCAUUCAGUCACCUUCAAGCAAUUCUUGAAUAUAUGUAUGCUGGAGAGGUAAAUGUCGCUCAAGCAGAUUUACCUAACUUCCUCAAGACAGCUGAAAGACUCAAAGUUAAAGGCCUGGCAGAAGUGAAUCAGAAUGAGCGGCAGGAUCGCUGAGGAACCGCCCAGGUCAUAGGAGGCUUGGGAAAACGGGUUUUAAGAGAAGCCAAAAAGCCUUCAGUGCUGUCUUCUCUCCCACCCUCUGUUUAUGCACUUCCCUCCAAGCUCCUUAGUCAUCGCAGUUGUCCGACUUCUUGUGUUUCCCCAGCCAGCCUCCGUGGCCAUUUACCUGAAGAUUACUACAUUGAUCAUCAACAUAGAGCCUUGUAAUUGUUAGGCAUCAUAAGUUCUGUCUGUUCCUUUUUUAGAUUUUUCAUUUCAUCCCUGACAUGGUCUGUGAUUUUGAACAUCCCUGUAUAAUGUAAUGCUGUCUCAAUUGAUUGUGAACAGUUGGGAAAAGGAUAAAACAAGAAGAUAUGUAGGGUUGGUUCACAUUGACAGAUCUGUGUCAAAGUGGAAGUGCUAGUUGAGAUAAUCAUGAUCUUGACCAGUAAAUUACAUUUUGGAGCACCUUUGCUAGUUUUUGGGGGGGAGGUUGGGUGGGUGGGAGGGAGGGUCAGUCUGUGUGUUUGUUUAAACAGUUGUAUUGAAUAUUACACUUUAAUUAUUUUCCAGAAUUUAUUUCUUUUUAUCUUUGGACUCCAUGUGCUUUUCUCUCAGCACUUACAGGAUGUGCGCUACUAUCCACCUGAAAUUGACUUGUAAAUAUUGAAUCUAAAUAGAUAAACUUGGAUAAAUAUUGAUGAUGAGCCUGUAGUGUGGAUGCGUUUACUUAAAAAGGACAAAUUCUCCAUGAGAGUAAGCAAAGUUGGCCUAGUCUGACUUCUCAGUGAAAAGAGAUUUGUUUGUAGUGGUUGAUGGAUUCCUUUUAACUUGAGACUGGUCAUUGGGUCAACAAUAUUGUAAUAUGCAUGAAGGCAACUUGAUACUACAUGUGUUUACAAUGGUUGAAUGGAAAAUACAUAUUUUACGAGCUCAAAUUAGCCAAAGAUCAGUGCAGUUAGUGGUUUUCUUUUUGAACUGUAGAAUUAGUAGCAUUUACAAGUAAAUUUAAUCUUAAUCUGUAAUUCUUACUUUAUUACAUCUGUCUGUCCUCCUAUUUGUAUGUACGUGCACAUUGAGUUUGGGGUUAGUUGUUUGGACAUCAGCUGUACACUGUGUGUAUAAUUUGUAUCUAGUUACAUAGAUUAUAUGUGUUUUUAUGCACACAGUUUUAUACACACAGUGUACCCCAGCUAUUUUUUCCCAGAUAUGACAUUCUUAUUAAGGUAAUUCCAGUUAACCAUGUAAAACUGCUGGCUUCAGUUGGCUAGUCUCAUUAGUACCAGGUUCCAUAAUGGCACAUAAACGUAUUUAUAUUUGGUGUUUUUUUUUUAUAUCUACCUGUUUAUGUAUGUAAUAUAAAGUGAAUAUUAAUCUAGUUGUUGGUAUUCUCAUUUAUUUUUCAAAAUCUUGUGGAGGCUACUAAUAAGAUCAAAUUAUUAACUACAGCUUUUAGGUUUUGCACAUGUAUUCCAAGACAUUCCUCUUAUUACUGUAUUUCAGUUUUGUAAUAGCUAUUUAUUAUUGGGAAUAUUUUAAGGGAAUUGGUGUUUUAAAUUUAUAAUCUGUACAUAGUAGCCAGCAGAACUCUUCUUAUGUUGAUUCUAAAAACGGUCAUGGUCAUCAUAAGACUGUACUACAGUAGCAAUCAGGCAGCAAAUAUGAAAGAUAUUUUAUGGUAAUUUAACCAAGGACUGUUUUGAUAGAACUAAUAAAGUAUUGCAUAACCACAUCUUUGAAGGUGUAGUGAUGUAAGGCCACCUCUUAAAGUGAUCUUCGUCAAGGAGUUAGUUUCAGGAUAUCUUUUUUUUUAUUAUUACUUGUAUUAAUGGUUAUUAUUAUUAUUAUUGAAAUUUUCAUACAUGACCCAUGGUUGGGUGUGGUAUAGUGAUACAAGAUGCUGUUGAAUGGAUAAUUGAUGUAAUGUUAGUAAAUGCUAUGCUCCACACCAGGCACUGCUACCAAUAUGGGAAGCAUCUGCUCAAGACAUAACUUUUACUAUUCUAAUCUAUUAUUAUGUAUGUAUCAGUUUUCUCAUCUCUGUUUUAUAAACUUUGCCUAGGAAAUAUGUUAAUUCAGGUUUUAUUCUUAUGCUGCUCAAGCCCCAUUGCUCUGCUUUAAUUACCCUGGCUGUGUUGAUGUCUUUUUGAAAUUUGAUUGGUUGUUUGGGUUGAGGUUAGGGUCAAUCCAGAUUGAAUUGAUUUAUAUAUACACUAUAGUUCUAGAAAUUCAAUGGGAAUUAAAAAAUAAAUGGGCACAGCCCCCUUGCUGUUAAUCAUUCACAAAGGGUGCCACCGGGAAGAGGUGUGAUCAGCAACCUGUUACUUGGAAUGCAUAUUGUAUCAGAGACUCAUUCAUUCAUGAUUUGAUGAUCACUGGAGUCUGUUUUGGAACUGUUUUUUGCAUCACCAUUUCCAGUUGGAUGUUUUAGUGAGAGUUAUUCCAGAAUGUAAGAAGAUCAUAUAGUGUCAGUUAUACUUCCAUUAUCUGGGUGAAGGAAUAUUUUAAUGUAUUUUCUACUUGGUACAAUCCAUUGCAAGGUUGAAGAAACCACUUGGUGUGUGUGUAUUGCACAAUAGAGGUUUUAUUCAUCCAUGAAUGCAGUAUUGGGUACAUUUUCACUUCAUAGUAAAUAUUUAAUGAAAUUUCAAGCAUGAUCACCUAAUUUUUUUAAAAUGAAAGUUCAAUUUGUGUUAUAAUUUUUUUUUUAAGUUCUAAUUCACUUGAAGAUUUUCUUGCACAGCUUUUGCAGUCAUGGUUAUCAUGCAGUGGUAACUGGGUGGAUGCAUUCAUUGAUAUCAUUUAGGGGAUGCAGGCAGUCACAUUAAGAACCUGUUGCAUUCUGGAUAACUUAUUUAUAUAUGUCAUUACUGUAUCUUAGUCACUGAUUGCUUUAAUACAUAUAUAUCAUACAUAUAUGUAUUUUGUUCUUAUUUUGUUGAUGAAAUUUGCUUCAGUAUUUUUGCUACGGAAAAUAAAGGGAUUUUUGUCAAAAAAUGUCCGAAAUUUCUGAAUGGAUUUGAAAACCUACAUUAUUGAGGGCACAUUCUUUACUUCAUGUGAUAAUAGUAAUUACCUUAUGCUCAAAUAGAUAUAAUUUGAGUGCAUUGAACAUUUCAGGAGUUUAUAAACAAUUGAAAUAUGAAAUUUUUUUCCUUUUUGUUGGUAUGUAGCUCAUAGAUGUUGGUUGUCAGUGGCAAUGUGAGUGUGGAUUUGCUUGUCAUUCAACAAAGGUGAUUUGUAAAGAAUGAGCUUCGGAUUAUUUUACUACUCUGUGCCUCUUAACAAGGCAAAUUUUGCGAUGGGAGUAAAGGUUGAGUUGUCAUUUUUCCCUUUGUUGAAUGGUAAUCAAACUUAUUCUUUCAUUUGGGGGCGGUGUUUCAUUUAGAAGCCUAACCUAUUUACUUCAUAUUCUGGUUAGAGUUUGGUGAUAGUCCUAUUUCAACAUCAGAAAGGAUUUUGCGUAACUUCCCAUUAACUACUCAACCAGCCAUUAAGAAGGCGCUAGUCUUUCUUGCUUAUCACACCUUGACUGACUGUCAUACGUUUAUAAUGGGACUUGUAGUAAAGAAUUGAAACUGCUAGUUGAAAGGUUAAUCAUUGGUCCCAUUGGGUUUUUGUGGCAGGCAGUCUCUUGUCAGUAUUUAUGCUGACAUGUAUUCCCACCAAGGUCAUAAGCAUGUCAUGAGUGUCAGUAUCACUCCUACUUCAUUAUGGCAUAAUGAGUUUGAAAUUGUGAAUUUUGGCUUGGUGAAUUUUUUUGUUAUCCCAGUUUUGCAUUUUGCCACAUUUUUAAGAAGAGUGCAGCAUCAUGCUGUUGUAACAUUACAGUAUGGUAUAUUAAAUCGGCAUAAUGUAUUGUCAGUAUUAUAUAUUUUUAAUUAGUUUAACUUAGUGUGCUCAGUCACAUUUGUAGAAUCAGUUGGCCUUAAAGGAUUAGUUUUGAAAUAAGUAGAAAAUGGGGGAUGGUAAAGUUAAAAUGUGCAGUGAAGUAAUGAAGAGAGCAAAUAGAAUGUAAAGGCCAGAAAACAAUGCAAUUGUACCAAAGGAUGUGGCAAAGUAACUUUAGUACCAUCUACAGUGGGCCCCACAAGGUAUGCACUGUAUAGGGAGAAUUCUUUCAUAAACUUUGAGUAUCUCGGAUUUUAGUCAAACCAGUUACAUUUGUUAUCUUGGGCUAUAGGUUUUCAUAUUUCUAGUCCAAAUUGAAGACGAAAGCAUCUUCGAAAUUGGUGUACCCUUGUGUGGUAAUUUUCUUCAUCAAAUAUUACUGGUAAAGUUGCCAUUUGAUUACUUUUCAAUAAAAUUUCAAUUGAAUAUGCAUUGAUGGUCAGAACUCUCCCUCUAAUGCUUCUGUAGCACUGUCUUGAAAUUAUGGGAAGUUGUAAGGUUACAUUAGGUACACUUUGUUUGGCCUUGAUAUUAAGAUUAGUCUCGUUUAGUUGGGGACUAUUAUGAAAAAAAAAAAAAAUAGGCUUCAACCUUACCCUGAUGCAGGGUAAAGAAAAUUGAACAGUGACAGUGGAAAUCAAUUGAACUUAAUUUUUAUUUUUCUCUCCAAAAUUGUGGGAAACACUAGUUUUCCUGUCUGUGGGCAACGUGGUUGAACCAUUGGAAAGGUGCUCUUGCCUUUCUAGUGGUGAAUCGCACUCAAAGUUUGUUCUACUUUACACAGGAAAAAUGUACACAUUUCCUUACAUCCAUUAUUCAUGGAUAUUUUUAUACUUAAGCUUAUUCAUGAGGUCAAGAUGAAACACAUUUUGCAAAAUUUACGUAAUUCCAGUUAGCAGCAUCAUAUACUAGUUCUAGUAUUACCAAACAAACAUAAUUUUCAGAGUUGUUUUCUUGCUGCUAAGCUCCCUUUUUGUAAGUCUACUUGCACCUGUGUAACGUGAACAAAGCGCCUCAGUGGCGUGGUUGGUUUGGUAUUAGCAUCCCACCUCAGUGGUCGCGGGUUCGAUUCUCGGCCAUUCCAUUGAGGGGAGAGAUGUGUAUUUCUGGUGAUAGAAGUUCACUCUCGACGUGGUUCGGAAGUCACGUAAAGCCACUGGUCCCGUUGCUGAAUAACCACUGGUUCCAUGCAACGUAAAAGCACCAUACAAACAAGUCAGUGUGUGUUGUAAAUGUGGCUAGUACUUUGAACAUCUUCAUUGAGGAGCUCAUAUUUUAGUCUUGUUUACUGAGAGAUAUAUUGUACCAUAAAAUAUUUGUUCAUGCUUUUAUGGGAAUUUUUAUUUUCAAUAUUCCCAAUUUUUCAUCUUGAAGGUUAUUUCAAAGUGUCUCGCUCAUAUAUUAUCAUUAUUGUAGAUAGUGUGAAAAUCAGAGUAGGAGAGCAAAAUCCUAGUUUAGUUACUUCAUGGCCAAUUCUAUAAAAUUUCACAUUUGCAUAUAUAAAUGCUUUUGAUAAUUAAACACUUUUGUCUCCUAUCACAGCUUUUACUGUAUUAAAUGUAAGUGUUCUAUACUAAAGCACAUGAUAAGGUAAUUAAAGCUGCUGCUGAAAAUUUUAAGGAACAGUGGUAAGCAAGCACAUGAUCACCCCGUACUGUUUGGUGGUUAUGUUUAGAAUACUCUCUUUUGUGAGGUAAUAAGACUCCCACUUUUCUGAUUAUAAAGACGAGCUCAAGAAUGUUAGAUGUCAGGGAGUGUUUUCAGAUUAUUAUAGAUUCGUUCUUCCUUUUGUUUGCCAGAGUUGUAUUUGCAGAAUGUGGCCUAAUAAAUAUUGUUUCUUUGACAUUAAUUUUAAAUGCAUUAUUGCUGGGGAAAAUAGUCUCUUUAACCUGGAAAACAUUUGUGAAGUGAAACUUAUGCCAUAAUUGAAGUAGGAGUGCUAAACAGGCUCCCAACCAAAUCACACCCAGGUACCCUUAUUACAGGUUAGUAUACGCAGGGGUGUAGCUUUGUAUCUAGAAUAGCAUGGAGCAGUUUUGUACAAGAACUCAGAAUAAGUUUUUAAUAAAACUAAA